AUGGAGUUUCAUCUGCGUGAUCGUGCGGAACAUGUGUACGCCGAAGCGGAAAGAGUCCUGGCAUUCUACGAUCUGUGUUGUCAAAAACUAGCCCAUCUGAUGAACGAGAGCCAGAAAUCGUGUGCCGAACUGUACGACUGUUCCUGUCCGGAAUUGAACCAGUUAAUCAAGAUUUGCAGGUCAGUCCAACUCGUUGUGUGUGUGUGUUGCGCAAGAGGUGUCAACUGGAAUACCAGCAUCAAUCGUUUCCAGUCAGAAUAUGCAGUGCUUGGAACACCCUUCCAUCCCACGUGGUUUGUGCACCAACCAUUAAAAUCUUUCAAGCGGAGAACUGAUGAAACUCUGGCACACCUCGCAUCCCUACAUAACUAA